AACGGCCUCCGGCAUCUCCCUCAACCAGUCCCCCGCAACCGGGCCAGCGCGCCGCACCUCCAUCGUCCCAACCCCAGCCACGCCGCCAUUGCCUAUCCUCAUGCCCCGGCCCCCGCCCCCGGGGCCAGGCAGCCCGUCCCCCUCUCAGAUCGGCCCAGCCACGAUGUCGCCUCCCCCCUUCCCCUCCCUCCGCCGCCACCCGGCCCUGUUCCCCUCUCAGAUCGGCCUAGCCACGACGCCGCCGUGCCAAGCCAACCUGCAACGCCUCGAGUCCAUGGCCUUCAGCGCCAUCUCCUUCAAGGAGCUCCUCAGCCACUGCGGCAAGGCGCUCAGCGUCUACGCGUGCCACGCCGACGCCAUCCAGACCCGCCUCGCCUCCUUCGGCUACGAGCCCCCCCGGUGGAGCCUGCGACAGAUGUGGAGGUGGAAGAUGGAGACGUCGGGGAGCUUAUGGGGCCUGGGAAUAGCUGCUUCGGUGGGUCAAGUUCAGUGCUGACAUCCAGUAGGGGGCGGUUCCAAGACGACGACACAUUAUAUCCUUCUCGUUGGGUUUGAUUUUGUUCCGACUAAUAGAUUUUUGGUUGCUUCUGGUGUGAACAUAUAAUACAACAUUCUAACUGAUGGAAUGAGUAGAUUCUGCAUCUCGAGAUGCGUCGGCUCCAAAUAGAGGCACUAGGUAACAAUGCUUCGAAUUGUAAGAGCUUGUUUCUUUAGAAGUUUGAGGAGCUAUUUAUACCUGAGACCUGAGAUAACUUAUUAUCUAUUUCUCUCAAAACUCUGUCACUAGCUGCUACUCUUCAUCACUA